UUUGCUAGCUUAAUAUUUAGCGUCGAACAAUUUCUUGGCAUUGAAGUUUGUCAACAUUUGGUUGGAAGAUGGGCAUCCUGAGACCAGCACUGCUGAUUUUCUGCAUUGUGCUUUUCUGCGCUGCCGAAGAUGAUUUGUCAACUAACGAAAACGGAGAUUUUCUCCACUACGAUCAAAGGUGCGACUCAAGUGCAAGCGACGCUAAAGUCGUCAAAGGCGAGCUUUGCAACAGGGAUUGCGGCGGAAAACAGGAAGCACUAAUUUGCCACUUUAAAUUUACCGCUGAGUACUACUCUGCAAUGGGACCCAAAUGCGGUGACUGCCCCAGUAACAAAACAGAGUGCUUUGAGCCGGAGUGUGUGGUUGCUGAUGGCUUUGCUAGGGGUGUUUUGAGUGUCAAUCGCAAGAUCCCGGGACCAUCUAUUGAAGUUUGUGAAGGGGACACGAUUGUGGUAGAUGUUGAGAACUACAUGUCCGGCACCGGGCUCACCAUCCACUGGCACGGGCUGCGUCAGCGCGGCACCCAGUAUAUGGAUGGCGUGCCCUUCCUAACGCAAUGUCCAGUGGGCCAUCACAGCUCUUUCCGCUACACAUUCAAGCCUGAUCAUCCUGGCACUUACUUCUGGCAUUCACACGAAGGUUUUCAGAAAAUGGACGGUAUUGUCGGCCCGUUAAUUGUUAGAGGUGCCACUGACCGAAGCAGACACCUUUACGACUUUGACCUGUCCGAUCAUGUCGUGGUGCUCCAGGAUUGGAAGGCUCAGUUUUUUGCGGAGUACAUGCCUGGGACUAAAUUGCUCACAAAGAGCGCAGAAAUCCCUGACUCCUUGCUGAUCAACGGCAGAGGGGGUCGACUUGAUCCUUCAAACCACACUCUUCUGAGGGACAUUCCCUUGGCCGAGUUUGAAGUUGAGGCUGGAAAAAAAUAUCGCUUCCGACUGAUCAAUGCUGGUUGUCUCGUGUGUCCCUUGCGAUUAACGAUUGAAGGACACAGCCUGCAGGUGAUCGCAGCGGACAGCCAUGAUAUUGAGCCGGUGCAAGUUGAUUCAAUUGUUAUCAUGCCUGGUGAAAGAUACGAUCUUGUGUUGCACGCAAAUGCUGCUGAACGUAUUUAUUGGAUGAACGUAAUCGCUCUAGGGCCUUGCGAAGGCCAAAAUAUCCUGCACAACGGAAUUUUGCGCUACAAAAAUGCUGAUCGUAACGCCUACGCUUCUAAUGACAAGUACCCUCAAUCACCUUUGCUGGAGGGAAGGGUAUUGAACGUGAUGAACGCUGAUUGCAAGGGUUCCGGUCACAUUUGCGUUGACCAACUUGCACUGAGCGAGCCAACACCAGAAAUUCGAGCAAUUUUACUGGAAAAUAAUGUGCAGCGUCUGAAUUUGGUGUUUGAUAUGCAAACCUUUGAGUCUGCUGAUGUCUUUGGAACAGGACGACCCUUCAAAUUCUUUGUGGAGGACGAGGAUUUGGCAGGAAGCCACAUGAACAACGUUAGCCUCAUGAUGCCACCAGCACCGCCACUUAGCCAGCCAAAUGUGUUGAGAGACCUGUGCCGUUCAGGAAGCGAAAAAUGCUGCUGGAAUAGGGCGAACGGGCAUGAAGUUCAGGACUACAGACACUGCAUUAAUAUUUAUUCUGUGCCUUUGGGAAAAGUCGUCGAAAUGACAAUUUCUGACAGCUAUGCGAAUGAUCCUGCAGAGGACGAAUCUCAUCCCAUUCAUCUUCACGGCCAUUCAUUUCUUGUCAUGAAGGUAGGAAGUGACACAGAAAAGGCCGAAGGAAAGUUUCUCAAAUCCGCAUCAACUUCUAAAGUUCCUGCGAUGAAGGAUACCAUCAUGGUUCCAAGCAAAGGAUUUGUUCAGUUGCGAUUCAGGGCGGAUAAUCCAGGCUACUGGUUGGUUCACUGCCACGUAUUGCCGCACUCUGAAGCUGGAAUGUCCGCAAUUCUAAAGGUCGGAACUAGGGAUGAUUUGCCAGAAGUUCCUGAAGGCUUUCCUACUUGUGGAAACUUUAAACCUCCGAUAAAUGGAAAUAAAAACGCUUGCCGUGAUUUUUAGAUAAAUUGUAUCA